UCUCACACACACACAUCGAGUAUUCUCUUUCAUAUCUUCACACCCAAAAUGGCCAAGGUUCAUCCUCUCAUAAUACCCAACAGUACCAAUAGCGAUGAUGCAUCUUCAAGCUGUACUAUUCAUACACAUAUGACUUCAACGAGAGAAACAUUCACAAUAUGGAUGAAAUCGCUUGUGAUGCAAGGAAACGGAUGCACUGCGUUUGAUGGAAAUGGAGAGGUCGUUUAUCGAAUCGAUAACUACGACAACAAGCACAGCAACGAAGUUUAUCUCAUGGAUCUCCGCGGAAAACUUCUCUUCACUGUGUGUGAGAAGAAAAUGUGCGGCUUUCCAAGUUGGAAGGGGUUUAAAAUUAAUGGUGCCAAUAAGCCAUUUUUUCAAGUGAGAAAAAGCUGGAGAUCGGUUCUUGGAAAGAAAGGGAUUUCUUAUAAAGUAACCAUGGGAUCUGAUAGUACUUUUUACAGAUUAGAGGGUUUGAGUGGUAAAUCAUCAGAAUUCAGAAUCACAGAUGGCAAUGGAGGAGUUGUAGCAGAGGCAAAGAGAAAGCAGUCAAAUUCAGGAGUUGUAUUGGGAGAUGAUGUGUUCACUUUGGUGGUGGAGCCUCAUGUUGAUCACUCCUUUGUCAUGGCUCUCGUUACUGUUUAUGGCUUAAUUAGACAUCAAAUCUGACUUAGGAUUAGCUGUGUGAAAUAGAUAUACAUACAUACAUAUAUAUACUUGUAGCAAAUGGUGGUUCUUAGUGAAAUCAAUUGAGUUUCUUGACCAAUUUUUCUCAAGAUUCCAACCCUUUUGGUGGGAAUUCCACCCCACUUGUA